AUGCCGUUACGUGCCGUGUGUGCGUCAUCGCUGAAGACCUUCAUGGCCAGAAGAGCAGAGGGAGAACCCUCUGAUUUCUCUACUGCCCUCAUUAUUCCUAUUCAUGUCCAGCUCUACUGGUCAUCUGACAUUAAGGAAGUUGCCAAGAAAUGUGAUUUCUCACAAAGUCUUGUCCUUUUCUUUCUGCCCAUCUCUCUCUUCACCUCUCCAGCCAAAAAAGAGCAGGAUGGUGGAGAUGACAAGAAGCAGAUGCAGAAGAAGAAGGUGAAGGAGCUGAAGAUUCUUGACUCCAAGGCUUCACAGAACCUCUCCAUUUUCCUGGGAUCGUUCCGUCUCCCUUAUGAAGAGAUCAAGAAUGCCAUCUUGGAGGUCAAUGAGAAGAUCCUCACAGAGUCCAUGGUUCAGAACCUGGUAAAACAAUUGCCAGCAUCCGAGCAGCUGAGUGUUCUGGCAGAGAUGAAGGAUGAAUAUGAUGACUUGGCUGAGUCCGAACAGUUUGGAGUAGUGAUGUCCAGUGUGAAGCGACUGAUGCCACGGCUUCAGGCCAUCCUGUUCAAGCUGCAGUUUGAGGAGCAGCUGAACAACAUCAAACCAGAUGUGGUUUCUGUGACGGCAGCCUGUGAGGAGCUCAGGGAAAGCCAGUCCUUCUCCAAGCUGCUGCAGAUCAUCCUUUUAGUCGGGAACUACAUGAAUGCUGGUUCUCGCAAUGGAAAGGCAUUUGGCUUCUCCGUUUCAUACCUGUGCAAGGUGCGUGACACCAAAUCAGCUGAUCUGAAGCAGACACUGCUCCACUUCCUUGCUGAUGUGUGCCAGGAGCAGUAUCCUGAUGUCAUGAGCUUUCCAGAUGAGCUCAUCCACGUGGAGAAGGCCAGCAGAGUUUCUGCAGAGACAAUUCAGAAGAACCUCGAGCAGAUGGGCCGUCAGAUCAAGAACCUGGAGAAGGAUCUAGAAACCUUCCCACCUCCACAAAAUGAUAAGGACCUGUUUGUGAAGAAGAUGUCCAGUUUUGUCGUCAGUGCCCAUGAGCAGUAUGAGAAACUGGAUCUGAUGCAUAAGAAUAUGGAGAAGCAAUAUGUUGACCUGGGAGACUAUUUUGUCUUUGACCCGAGAAAGAUCUCCGUAGAGGAAUUCUUUGGGGACCUCAAUACCUUUAAAACCAUGUUCCAGCAAGCAGUGAAGGAGAAUCAGAAGAGGAAGGAGGCUGAGGAGAAGAUCAAGAGGGCCAAGCUGGCCAGAGAAAAAGCAGAAAAGGAGAAGGAGGAGAAACUCAAGAAGAACCAGCUCCUUGACAUCAACGCAGAGGGUGAUGAAACUGGUAUCAUGGACGGCCUGUUGGAGGCGCUGCAGUCUGGCGCUGCUUUCAGGAGAAAGAGAGGACCCCGGCAAGCAGACUCAAUUGUGUCUUUGUCACAGCUAGUUCUGGAGACCUGCUCGCCAACCACCGACGAGCUGGUCAUGCAGUGACCAACAUCCUGGCCAAAGAACUGAUGCAGGAGGACACACCUUCGUCAAGUAAAGUGCCCACAAAGAAGAGCAAGACAGAGGAGAAAGAAGAGCCUAAACUAGAAGGGGCAGAGUCAUUAGAGGAAUUACUGGAGGCUGCUCCUCCUCGGU